AUGGAGGUUUUAAUAUAUACGGGUAUCUUAAAUAUAGAAAGAAAGAACAUAAAGAUGGUUUUAAUUAAUUUUAUAUUUAUUUUAGAUAUAGAAACAUCAAAAUUAUCAGUACGACAAACAUUUUCAGUUUUUCAUUUUUUAUUAGGUUCUUAUUAUGUUAUAAAAAAAGCAGAUAAAUCAUAUCUUGAACAACGGAGUACAUGGGAUAACGUUGCACUUUUUAUUAUGCCAAAUAGUGAAGAUAUUAUUUAUAACAAUGGAUUAGGAGAAAUAGUAAGCGAAAAAAUAUUAAAAUAUCUUAAAAAUGGAGGUAAAUAUAUAGGAAUAGCUGCAGGUGGAUAUUAUGCAUCAGCCUAUACAGAAAUUGAAUCUAAUAAUACUCAAAAAAAACAAAAUAAGUUAAGUAAAUUUGUAAUUUUUCCGGGUAUUGCACGAAGCAUUGAUUUUUCCAAAUAUAUUUGUUCUAAUGAUAGUAAUAAACACUUAGCACUUAUACAUAUUGAAGAUGAAUCAUAUAAAUAUGAAAAUGACUUGUAUUAUUAUCAUAGUGGCGUAUCAUUUGUAAACGCAGAUCAAUUUCUAAAUACACGGAUUUUAGCAACUUAUAAAGAAAUAAACCCUAAUAAUAAGACACCACCCAAUGCUGCAAUUAUUCAUUGUAAGAUUGGGAAAGGAGAGGCUGUUUUAUUUGGUGUUCAUCCGGAAUAUUCUGGAUUUAACACAGAUUUAAAAGACAAUACUAGAAACUAUCUCGAGGAUUUCGAUAGACUAUUAUUAUUUGAAAACAAUAGAACUAUAUUUUUAAGACAUAUACUUCAAUCACUUGGUUUACGAACUACAUCUAAGCCUAUUAUAUCCUCAGAGAUUACAAAUCUUCAUCUUUUUUCAAAGUUUUCAAAUCUUAUUAAGGAAAUAACUAAUAUUCUUUAUAAUAUUUCUGAAAUAAUAAAUGGAGAGCGUGUUAUUAGAUGUGAAAAUGAUUCAUUUUAUUUACAAAAAUCAUCAACGUAUACUUUUAGUCAAAAUCCUUUAAACAAUUUUCAUGAUUAUGACUACGAAAUAAUUCCAAAAUAUAUCAAAAUUCAUAAACAUCUUCCAACUAUAUUAGAAAUUCCGUUUUUUAAUCAUGAAAUCUAUUUUAAAAACCUUUUAGCAUCAAGAACUUUAAAAAAAGAGAAAAAAUAUAUGGGAAAUAUAAUUUUAUAUGGAGAAACAGUAUCUAGCUCACAAACGUUACUUAAUAAAAACUUAAAACUUUUAAGAGUUUUGCCCACAGGAUUUGUUUUUGUAGCUACACAACAAAUAGCAGGUAAAGGUCGAAAGAACAAUGUUUGGAUAUCUCCACAAGGUGUUCUAGCAUAUUCUUUGAUUAUAAGGCAACCAGAAUAUUUAAUAUUUUCAUCAAUUGUAUUUAUACAAUAUUUAGUCUCACUUGCAAUAGUUGAGGCCAUUAAAACUUAUGACAAUCAUUAUAACGAGCUUGAUAUUCAUAUUAAAUGGCCAAAUGAUAUAUGUGUAAAGCAGUCUGAGGAGAAUACUAUUGAACCAUCUUUUAUACUAAACAAUAUUGGCUAUAUUAAAAUUGCAGGAAUAUUAAUAGAUUGCAAACAUAUAGAUAAUGAGUUUCUUAUGAUUAUUGGAUGCGGUAUUAAUGUUAGUAAUUUUCUUCCAACAACAUCUCUUGAAAUAAUUAUUAAAACUUUAAAUGCUAGAAAAAUACUAGAGAAACAGCCUUUAUUAUCAGAAAUCACACAAGAAAAAUUAUUGGCACGUAUAAUGACAACAUUAGAAAGUAUGUAUUAUGAAUUUUGUUUGAAUAAUGGAUUCAAAUUAUUUGAGCACCAAUAUUAUAAAUAUUGGCUUCAUACUGGUCAAAUUGUUACUUUAGAAGAUAAUAGUAACGCUGUUAUAACCGGAAUAAAUCCAAUACAUGGAGGAUUAAACGCAGAAGGCAUUGAAAAUGGAAAAAAAAAUGGAAAAAUAUGGGAGUUAUAUCCGGAUUCAAAUAGUUUUGAUAUGAUAAAAGGGUUAAUUAAAAAAAAAGUAUAA